GUGAUGAUGCCCGAGCCUAGUCGCCAAACUCAACUAUAUGCUGCUUCUAAUAAACAUGUUAAAGGAACACGUGAGUUGUCUGACUGAAAUAGUUAUAGUUAUUAAGCUAAACAACUGUGUUUUACAGCUCUACUGAUAGAAUUCCUUGACCUAAAGGCCUUAACCUAAAGAAGUGUUGAGUUAGGAGCAAAUGCCUCACUGUGACACCCAGGUCUCCCAGCAGAUAACCAACACCACUUCCAGUCCGACAUCAGGUCUGCUGCCUGAUUCUGUUCCCCUGGGAUGAACGCUUCAGAUGUGUGUGGGACCACAGCAGCCGGUCGAGCGUUUUAUCAACGCUUGAUGUAAGCUGCUGCCAUCAUGCUGUCUCUCUCUUACUGAAACAUCUGUUUGCCUCACAGCGGACAGCUCCAGACAGUUUAUGUGGAGGGACGUAGGUUUAUUUUUUCUGAUUGUUUUCAUGUGGAGCAGUCCCAAGGGGAAAACCAGGAGAAGAACCACGAGAAGGCGCAGCCCCCCCUCUGAGGAGCACAACACAUGUUCUGAUUAACAUUUCCAUUCUGGCAGAGCACAGCUUUAGCCUCUGCUCCUAGUACUAGACUCCUGGUGCUAGGAUGGGUUAAAAGCAGAGGCCACAUGUCACUGUGUGUGCUGUGUGCUCUGCAUGGGUGACCAUUCAUCUCUCCCAUUCUAUUCUAUUCUAGUGGCAGAAUCCAGGUAAAUUAGAGACUGGAUAGUAGGCGGUGCUGAAAGGUUCUGAACGAAUGUCACCGUGUGGAGUUCAUGUCUACUUUAAGGGGUCCAAAACACUACAGGUGGUCCAGGUAUUUAGUUGUUCUGGUACACUCCGGAAAGACAAGCAGAGGAAUUGUUCUGUGUCUGAUUGUUCCAUAUAAAAAGACAUCUUACUCUUCAGUACAUGUCUGGUAAUUAUUUCAUUACAUUAUAUUACAUGGCAUUUGGCUAACAAUUUGAUCCAAAGUGACUUACAUACACCUGAAUACCGUAGACAUGCCUACAGGAGGAAUGUGGGGUUAAGUCUCCUGCCCAUGGACACUUUGACAAGGCCUGCAGAAAGGCCCUCGAUGUACGUGGGCGAUCUCAGUUUUCUAGGGUUGGAAAAUCCUUUCUUCAAAUCUUAACAUAAACCCAUCAGAAACAACUCUUAGAGGGGGACGCCGAUACGAAGUCAACUAAAAGAUGCUGAGUAGAGUUGAGAGGAGAUUUGUGGAUGAGUCUCUGUUGGUCCAUCACUACAAGUGACACCUAGUCAUUUGACCUGUUUUACAAAAGUAUUGAGUGCUGCAGCUGAACCUACAAAGGAACACAAAGGUAAUAUAAUCAUCAUUUUUAUUUUAUUUUAUCACAUGAACACUUUAACAAUGUCCCUACUUUGUUGGAUGAAAUCAACAUAGCAUGGAGGCCAGGCAGUCAUAUAGCAUAUAUAUACACAUCUAGAACUGUGUGCAGAGUAGCCGGAAGGAUCUGGUCCAUUAUAAAAACACAUUAAAUAAAUGGUAAGGCCUCCCGGUUGACUCAGUUUCAUUUGUAUGUGGAGUGCAGGCCCUGUGAGGAACACCAGCCAUAAACAUCUCUCUGUCAGAGAGGAUAUUGAUGGCACAGGUUGGAGUUGGCACUGCUGGCGUGGGAGAGCGGAGGGGGGUAGGGGACAUUGUCCCGUCAGGAGCCGAUCAAUGGUCACAUCCUGUGAACCCUGCAUGUAACACGGGAGAGUGCUCGCAGCACCCAGCCAGCAUACGCAGGAGACAAAGACCAGCAGAGCAGAGGGAUGUGGACUGGAGUCUGGGACCGCGACAAGAGGAACACCAAACACCUCCAUGGGGUAGCCAUACUGACACACGCAAUUCCUGGGAUGCUAUUAUAAACAUGACGACGUGCACCAGGAGGCCGAGAGGGAACCCAUACCACUGAUAUUCAGAGAUCAGCAUGAGCCUGGCUCCAGCGGAUUGGACGUACACUCCACUUGCUCUCUCAUUGGAGCUGCUGUUGUGAUGUUUGGAAGUUUCAAGGGGAGCUACAUCAACUUCUAAACACUGGUCCAUUUGAGGACAUGUGGCAGUGAAGAGGUGAGAAGCUGACCAUGGGUGACUGGAACCUGCUGGGCAGCAUCCUAGAAGAGGUCCACAUUCAUUCCACCAUCGUGGGCAAGAUCUGGCUCACCAUCCUCUUCAUCUUCCGCAUGCUGAUCCUGGGGGCCGCUGCCGAGGACGUUUGGGACGACGAGCAGUCCGAGUUUGUCUGCAACACGGACCAGCCGGGCUGCAAGGCGGUCUGCUACGACCGGGCCUUCCCCAUCUCCCUCAUCCGAUUCUGGGUCCUGCAGGUCAUCUUUGUCUCGGCGCCCUCGCUGGUCUACAUGGGCCAUGCCCUCUACUGCAUCCGAUCGCUUGAGAAGGAGCGGCACCGCAGGAAGGCCCAGCUGAAGGAGGACCUGGACGAGUUUGAGCUGGAUUCGGAGGAACAUAGGCGUCUGGAGAGGGAGCUAAGGAAGCUGGACGAGCAGAAGAGGGUGAAGAAGGCUCCUCUCAGAGGCUCUCUGCUGAGAACCUACAUCAUCCAUAUCCUAACACGCUCUAUGGUGGAGGUGUGCUUCAUCCUGGGUCAGUAUGUACUCUAUGGUGUCCAACUGGAGCCCCUCUAUAGGUGCGAGAGGCUGCCGUGCCCUAACAGCGUGGACUGUUACAUCUCCAGGCCCACGGAGAAGACCAUCUUCAUGGUCUUCAUGAUCGCCAUUGCUGGUGUGUCACUUUUCCUCAACCUUCUGGAAAUAUCCCACCUGGGCAUCAGGAAAAUCAAACAGACACUGUUUGGAGAGAGGUACACGGAGGAGGACAGUUUUAUUUACAGGUCCAAGAAGAAGGCGUCUUUACCGCACCUGUGUGUGACGAGUAAUGCGUCGCCUCACAACGGGCCCCUGACUCAGACCUUCAAAGUGAUUCCAGAGGCCGACAUGAAGCCUCCUUACUACAACAGUGGGCUCAAAGCCAACCACGACACCACGAGACACAACAGCCUGGCCUAUGUGGGACACACUCAGACCAACUAUAUCUGUCCCCAACCCAGGAUGCCACCUAGGUCUGGCCAGAACUGUGCAGCCCCUCAAACCCAUGGGGGUCAAGAGGUCCACAUGGCUAUGGUGGACCACCAUCCAGCCUGGGCUUCGGCUGGAACCAUGGUGGAGGGGAGUGUAACAGGCCUCCUCGGGGACCCUUGUGAGGGAGAACAGACUCACCCCAGCCACCUGGAGGCUCUGCUGUCCGCUAGCACCUUUAGGCCCAGCGCCAUCAGAGACCUGGACGGGGACAAUCGAAGGGAGUCGAUGGCGAGCGAGGGGCUGAUCCACAACCCGAGGAAGACCAGCUUCAUGAUCAGGCCUCCGUCCGAGAGCCUGUCCUCCAUCAGUGGCUCCACCAGCCAGUCCUUACAUUCCUCAGAGGAGUCCGAUGAGCUGGGCUCCCUGCAGGGGGACAUGCCCAUGAUGCCGCCUGCCGGAGGCCGGAGGAUGUCAAUGAGCAUGUUUCUGGAUAUCUCCUCCAUCAUGAAGAAGUGAAGCGUGGAGCCUCACAUCAUGGCGUCGCAGCUGUGUUCCGCAAACUUUAUCAGUGGUCCAGCCGGCAGCAUGGAGUCAUGAUGGGGACUAAGCCAGUGGAGUCAGCCAUGAUGGGACAGCGGACUCAGCGCCGUAGGAACACCAGAUUUGGAAUCGAAGCACCUUAGAACGUCUACUUGUUGGUAGUAAAAGGAAAGGAUUGUGUUUAUUUCUAAUGUGGAUCUUAAUGGCUGAUCAUGGAGCAAACUGCUCAGAGGAUCUACUAACUUGUGUAACAUGGACGUUAUGAUCUUUUUCUAACACUUGAUUAGAGUCAUGUGUAUCUGUGUAUAGUCAUUUAUAUACGGUCAUUUCAUGAGAGAUGAUGAUGCUUUGUAUUGUAUUCACAUUAAAUGCUUCUUAACAAAACAGCA